ACUCCUUCACUUCUUGUCCUUUAAUUGGAAAGAAGGACUUGAUCGUCAUGAAGGUCCUCAUUCUUGCCUGCCUGGUGGCUCUUGCCCUAGCAAAGGAGAAGGAAGAAGUCAGUGUAUCCAAAGAGAGUGUGGAAAGUGUUUCUAGCAGUGAGCUAAAACUUGGGAAAUUUAAACAACAAGAACAGCAGCAAAAAGAGGAGGAAAGCCAGGAUAAAAUCCACCCAUUUUCCCAGUCUCAGCCUUUUGUCAGUUCUUUUCCUGAGGCCAUUCCUUUCACCGUCUUUCCACAAAACACCCUGCCUCUUGUUCAACCUAUGAUGCUGCCUUUCUUUUCACCUGAAAUGGUGCAGGACCCCAAAAUCAAGGCGACCACCUUUCCUAAGCACAAAAUGAUGUCCCUCCUUAAGUCUCCAAUUGCGCCCUUUUUCGACAGUCAGAUCCUGAACUUCACCGACCCAGAAAUCCUGCCCUUUUCUAUGCCUCUUUCUCUCCUUCUGCUCCAGCCCUGGAUGCACCAGGUGCCUCAGAUGCCCCAGAUGCCCCAGAUGCCCCAGAUGCCCAGGAUGCCCCAGGCUGUUUUUCAGACUCCCAUGUUUCCUUCUCAGCCCAUGCAGCCCCUUUUUCAGUCCAAAGUCCAGGCUAUUCCCCAGCCAGUGAUGCCCACCCCCCAGAAAUUCAUGUCUCUGUCAGCCCUUCACCUGAACCAGCAACCUCUGCUUGAUCAGACCCACCAGGUCUACCCUGUGACUCAUCCAUUCCCUUAUGCCUACAACUUCUUGAUGGUAAGUCCACAUUAUCAUCCUGCUGUUUCACCCGUGAUGUACCCGUGA